CGAGAUUUAUUAGAGUUUGCCCCGUUUGGAAUUUUCCUGAAUUUGUUGUUGUUUCGGACCCCGACUUCUUUCGUAUGUGUUCCGCCCCUGCCAGCAAUAUGAAACUUGGGUUGUGCCCCUCCUGUUUCUAAUCGUCCGAAUUACUCCGAAUUCCAAACGAAUGCAAGCAAGCAAUCGUGAAUCUCCUAAUAUGUAUUUGCCCCAAAAUCCCAAUCCCCCAUACCAGUUCGUUUUUCGCUAUUGGACGCUGCCAGUCACCACCGCAUCACCGCCGUCCACCCUCCACGACUCCACCGGCCACCCGAAAAUCAGGUAAAUGAGUUGCGACAACAAGUGUCAAACAUGCAACAAGUCAUGGAUCAAAGGCAAAGUCAAAUGGAUUUGCAAAUGGAACAAAUUUGAAAUGACAUGAAAUUGAAAGUGCAAGGACAAUUGGCCAUUUAUGAGACAACUCGACUCGUCCGGUCUGUAUGUAUAAUCAUGGUUUUGGAAACUUGGAGGUGGAGGGAAGAGAUUGGGUUUUCAUUUCCAUUUCCAGUGAAAUCUGAUGAUGGUCUUCAAUGCAAAAUGACUACACAAUGCUCUAAAUAUGAUGUAUCCCUUGAUCAUUUCAGUUGCAUGAUCCACUGCAAUGGAAAUAUGGAUGACAACAUCAAGAUCAACAUUGGACCUCCUAAUAGACAUUUUGUAACGUUUAAGUUCAAUCAUGUUCUCAAUAAUGGAGAAACGCACGUGACUCCUCCAUGUCGUGGCCAUGCCGAAGAAUAUCGUCUCCCUUACACGGCCAGUGGAGUGAUGUGGUGCUGUCAAUGGAGUUCUAUUCGGUUGAAAAAGACAUCUAGUUGAUUUUCUUAGACAUCUGAUCUGACUAUCUCAUUUUUUUUCUAACUUAUUUAUUUAUUUAUUUAUUUAGUUACUGCUAUAGUAAUUUAACUUGAUUUUAAUUUCUUUCCUAUUACGGU